CUGUGUCUCCACUGGUAAUUGGUCAGACCUGACGAGGGAAUGCAAUACCAAAGUUGACCUGUUGUGACACUAAUUCCGAAAAGCCAUAUUCGCAACAAUAAAAUAUGAAGUUCACCAUAGUAACCUCCCACGCUAGUCUGAAUAUCCCAGCAGGCAGGGAGCAAAUGCGCACGGCGUGUCUUUCACGGGAACACUUUAAAAAACGCUUGGUGAUUGGCACAAAUGACAUUAUAUAAUUACACAUCGUUAUAUAACAAACUUGGGCAAGAAAUAUUAAACAUUUCGAGAAGAAACAAAACAAAGUGAAGUUAUAAAGUGAUGUUACUUCACAGCAGACUGCCGUCAAUCAAACUAGUGCGGAGAGCCAAGCAGUAGAAAUUCAUCCAAAUCAAUAUGACUGCAGUUAACUGCUCACCGAGGCAUAUCACCAAUGUUGACUCUACCUUGAAUAUCACACGAAGUAGAAAGUCUGUUCAUUUUGCCGAUACGAAAGGACUUGCGCUCGUUUCAACCUUUUUCUUCACGAAGGAAAGAACGUCACUCAAUAUUCCCAGCAAGAAAGAGCAAUGGAGAAGAUUGGCAACGGCAUUCAUCGGCUUCAGACAAGCUAAAUCUAAUGGGGAAAUUUCGACCUUACUCAACUACAAAUCACCGAUUCCAGCCAGAGAAUUUGAAGAGAACAUUCAAAAGAAUAAUAUAUGUUUAGAGAAAACAUACUGCAACGAGAAUGGAGUCUACGGUCGACUACAAGUUAAGAAUAUAGCAUUUGAGAAAGACGUCUCCGUGAGAUACACUUUCGAUUCCUGGAAGACGUUUGAAGAGAGCAAGGCGAGCUUCAUUCCAGGCGCUAGUAUAGAAGACACAGAUACGUUCUUCUUUCAUAUUCCUCGACCAGUUCCGAACUUAGAGAACUCAUGUGGGCAAAAAUUAGAGUUUGCAUUUUGCUACAAGGUGAACUGGGGUAUUUAUUGGGAUAAUAACUUCGGUGAUAACUACAGGUUGAUAUAUCGAUCAGCGUGAAUGAAUUGCAACAUAGAUCACCGGUGGCCUUUGACAGUCCUUGAGGCUGAACGAGUCACAAAGCUUUUUGCAGAACAGACUGUCAGGCGAUUUACGUCAAUAGGUGAAGUAUCCUGUUUCCUGGUGUGCAUGGAAUAAAACUAAGAAAUUAUAUAUUCUAAGGAAUUAAAAAAAUUAGAAACUAUUUAUUCAUUGCUUUUAGGAUGCGUAGGUAGGGAAUUGCGUUUUAAACUGCUUAACUUAUGUGUCAUUAAAUAAAUUUUUUUUUUU